CGCCGCCAUGUCCCGCGUGGCCAUUUCGUACGGUAGACGACCUGGGACGCCAUAGCCGGAGCUUCGUCUCGUCUGCUUUAGGGAAGAGGAAAGAACGCACCGUGUAGCGACGAAUUGCCGGACGACAGCACGUGUCGGCAUUGCCGCGGAUUUCCCCAGGACAGGACGCCAAUCCCAGCGAUUAGGGUUUCGAUCGUGGCGAUCCGAGGCUUUCCAGACGGUAAUUUCGUUACAUGUGCCCUGGGAGCCUCGGAUCUAUCAGCGCUCGGAGCGUAGAUGCCAGGAUUGUGAUCGGCUACUGCUCGCCAGUCCUCUCCAAUGGUUCCAGGGAUAGAUUUUCUCCGGGUGACUGUCAAAGCGGCGCUCCUUCCGGCAGUGGAAUUUGGCUUCUGUGGGGCAAGGGAAGGGGCGUGCACUGUGAGCACUGGGUGGGGAUGAGACAGAGCUAACAAGAACACACAGGGAAGAACAAGAAGGAAGAACAAGGAAGGAAAACAAGGAAGAAGAAAGAAAAAAAAAAAAAAGAAGAUCCAACCAGGAACGCUGGAAGAAUUUGGGGAUGAGCCCCUGAUACUGGGUUGCUUGGACGUGGCUGACAAAUCCAGGGACGAGGAAGAGAGCAGUAUUCACGAGCAAGGGCGGUACUUGCAGCUGGGAAGCAUGGUGACGGGGAGCUUGACAGAGCCGCUACUAUCAUCCUUCGCCACCGAUGUUCCGUCCACGAUCCUCUCCAUGGACGCUGGCGUUCACGACGAUUGCAGCCGCCAGCUCCAGAUGCAAAUGGUGGUGGAACCUCCGGACAUCAACUUGCCAUUCUCCGACGAGAUCCCAUCCAACCAGUGGCUGCCAUCCAAGGAGCUCGAGUCUCUCGACGUUGGUUUGGCUCCUCCUCUCGGGGAGGAUCCCAGCAGCUCGCCGCUAUCCAAAGGACGACGCUGGCUUCGUCGCAGUGACACCAUCUGGGGUGCCUGGUUCUUUUUCAACCAUUACUUUCGUCCAGCGAUCAAAGAUAAGUGUCAGGCCAAGCUCAGCGGCGAGGGGCUGCUCGGUGGCGACUCGGACAAGCCCGACCUCCGCCUGGACAUCUUCCUCGUCCAGCACGACAUGGAGAACAUGUAUAUGUGGGCGUUCAAGGAGAAGCCCGAGAACGCGCUCGGGAAGAUGCAGCUCCGGAGCUACAUGAACGGCCACUCGAGGUUCCGCGAGCCGCAGUUUCCUUUCAGCGUGGAGAAGGGAUUCAUCCGCUCUCACCGGAUGCAGAGGAAGCAUUACAGGGGGCUGUCCAACCCGCAGUGCAUCCACGGGAUCGAGGUGGUCAGGACGCCGAACGUGGCGUUCGUGAGCGAGGAGGACAGGAAGCGGUGGAAGGAACUUACCGGCCGGGACGUCAACUUCACCAUCCCUCACAACGCUGAGGCUUUCGUCGACUGGCGGACGGUCCCGAGCCCGGAUCACGAGCUGGAGAGGCUGGGACUUCCGCUGCAGCAGACCAAGUCUCCAAACGGAUCGCUCCGGAAGUGUGGUGGUGGUGGUGGCGGUCCUCUCAACGGGACGUCGCUGAACUUAUCGACGCAGCUCUCGGAUCCCGGUGCCAGUGGCUUGAGCACGAACGGGACCAUGAACGGGAACGGCAGCAGCGUCGCCAACAACGCCAAGCGCAAGAGGAAGACGUACUCGCCGGUGAGGAACAACACCGACGCGGAGUCGUGCGUCCCGAUCGUCACCUUCUCCGGGCUGGAGGAGCUCGGUGGUGGAAGCCCGCAGCCGAGCUGGUACUCGAGCUUCUCGGGUGUCAUCACUCAGGCGUCCGGGCCAGUGACAGGGGCAAAGACCAUCUACGAGGACGACGAAGGCUACCUCAUCAUGGUGAGCUUACCAUUCACGGACAAGCACAGGCUUCGCGUCUCGUGGAGGAACACGGCCACUCACGGCGUGGUGAAGAUCCACUGCUUGAGCACUGGGAGAGCUCCGUUCGUGAAGAGGGGGGACAGGACUUUCAAGCUCACGGAUUUGAGCCCCGAGCACUGCCCUCCCGGCGAGUUCCUGCGAGAGAUUGAUCUGGCGACUCGGAUCCCGGACAACGCUGAGCUCAAGGCCUACUACGUCGAGGCGAUCGCGGGGCUGGAGAUCAUGGUUCCAAAGCAUAUGUUCUCCGAGGAGCGCGAGGUGUUGGUGCUCUUGCCAGGAUCACAGGUUGGUCACACAGAUUCUUGACGAUUCAAGGAGGACGACGACGAAAAUAACUGGAAAAAAAAAAGAGGUAGGAUUUUUUUUGGAACACUGCUGGGUGGUGGUUUUUUUUGUACUAGUUCUUUAUCUCUCUUCUCUCGUUCUUUCUUACUUGAAAAUGUGCUGUGGUUUGCAAUGUACAUACAGGAGGUUCUUUGUAAA